UCUCAAACCAUUCAAAAAGCUACUUCAACCCUUUCAAAAAAACGAAACAUUAUCCAAGAUUUUAUGAAAAAAUUAGAAGAAUACAUCAACAAGCCUGAAUCGAAAGAUUUUAAAGAUAUAAAUCCUGAUUGUGAUGAUAUUAAUGAAAUCCCUAAUUUUGAUUCAUCUUUGUGGACAGAUUCACAGGGCCAUUUCGGUCAUCGUAUUGUUAUUCAUAACGCUAAGGCCAUAUGGAACAAUUCUUUAAGGAACCUAGUUUAUAGAUUAUGGGAUCUUAUCGAACAACACCAAGGACUUACAUAUUAUAUGUCAACGAGUGCUGUCAAAUUUAUUAGAGAUAUGCAGAAAAAUAUCCGCGAGAAAAUGGAAAGAGAAAUCUACAGGCAAUCUUUGCAUAAUGAGACCUUAUCUUUAGGCAAUUUAGAUAAUUAUGAUUUUGAUGCGAAUGUAGCUGCUGAAAUGUUACGAAAACUUGUUGGGGAAAAGGAUACCAAUUUUGUUGUUCAAAAUGAGACAGCGCAGUUUUCUGACGAGAAUCAUGCCGAAACAUCGGAAAAUGCACAUGAUGAUAUUCCUGAAGGUUAUUCUUUGUUGAAAAAUUAUUUAGUCCAAUUUAUAAAUCUUCAGAUAAAUUUCCAAUGUGACAAAAAUCCAGGCGCUAGUAUUAUAAUGUUUAUGGAAAGAGCUCAGAUUAAAAUCUUUUCUAUUGUGGAAGAUUGGUCUAAAGGUGACAUUAUCAAUGAAGUAGUAAAAACAAGAACUUUUUUUGGUUUGGACAAUGCACAGUUCUUUACCAGCUUAAAAAAAGAUUUCCGUACUAGCCUUUCAAGGAUUUUGUCUGAUAAUAAUUAUGGUUCUAAAGGUAGUGAAAAUUGGCCUGUUUGGGUUCCUCCAGAAGCAUUGCUUGAUCAUUCCAAAGAAAAUUUAUUGCCAUUUCAAAGAAUAAUUAAGCGAACAUCAGCUACAAUGCAAUAUGAUAAAUUCAAUAACUUACGUAUCAAAGGCAGUGAUAUUAGAAAAGAUGAUUCAGAGCAGAAAACAGAUAGACCGGGACUUGGUGAUUCCGAUGUUGAUGAUUUUGACAAAAGAAUGGAUUCGUGGUACAUAGAUCUUCCUAAAAUUAAGUUAUCCGCCACAUCUAAACAAUAUUGUAUUUUAGUUGAUGUUAUCAAGGAUUUGCUUAUGUUCCGUGAACCAGCAAAAAAGGAGCGAGCAGAAAGACUGAAUACAAUCCUACUCGCAGCAGACUUGGAUGAUCUUGAUGGCGUGGCAGAAAAAGUAGCAUUGUUACAAGAGCAAAUUCGUCAAUUGGAAGAUAUGCUAAACCAAUAUAAAUUACAAUUGCAAGAUCUUAACGAAGAUGAUAUUAAAGAGCUACGAGAAGUUGAAAUUGAAUUAAUAAGUUUCCAAGAACGGUUAUAUUUAUUAAUGGAGGCCAUCACUGCGUCACAGAAUAAAAAACAAAAGGCGGAAAGUAAAAUGGCCUUAAAGGUAGUGGUAGUUGCAGAUGAAGUCAAAUGGGUGAUGCGAGAUAGCAAUAGAAAGUCGUUCUGUGAAUGGGGUUUAUUAAAUUCACGGUUUGUUUUAAUGACAAAGGAAGAGAACUCUAUAAAUACUUUAGAAAUCGAUGAUUUACGUGUAAUUAACAAACUCCCAUCGCCUGUUUUUAAGGAAUUAAUUUGUCCAUAUAUCACGGAUCAUCGUCGCGUAGAUUUUAGUCGCCAUAAAAUGUUGCGAAUAUAUUGGGGACAACUGGAACCGGUCGCUGGCAUUGAUAUUGUUGAACAUUUCGAAAUUGAUAUGUUCCCACUUAAAUUUCAGAUGCAGUAUGAUGUUGGUAAACUUAUAAUGAUGUAUAUAUUUCCAGAAAAAAAGAAAGAGUACGUUAAUCGCGAGAAGUCUGUCGAUUCCUCACAUUCGAUAAAAACGCCAAAAUCUGCAUCAGAAUUUAAUCAAGAUGAAAUUACUGAUGAAUUUAUAGAAAUGCCCUUGGAUAUUUUCUCGGAAGAUGAAAUGCCAAACACCUCAGAUUCGACAACUCAGACAAAUAAACAGAGCACCAAAAAGUCGUCACAAAAGUCGACAAGCACGGAACAUCAUAAAGAUGAAUCACAUGAAUUAGAGUUAAUGAAGAAAAGGGCAUCUCAGAAUAAACAGUUUAUAUACAUAAAAGUUCCAGGAGUAAUACACAGUUUCAGUUAUCAGGGGGCAAAAGAAAAAAAUUUAGAAGAUUUGUAUGACUUUGUUAUUCACAUGCCUACAUUAGAGUAUCAGAACAAGACAUGGUCAUGGUUGGAUUUUAUAGAGCAAUUGAAAAAAGACGCGCUUCGAACUAUUCUCACUCACGCCACAGCAUUGCUUAAAGAAAAAUUGAACCCUUAUCAAAAACGUAGACCCAUAAUAUCCUCAGAUCAAUAA